UCAAUCAUUAAGCUAACACAAGCUUGAAUGCUUGCCCGUUCGGGUGUAGUACAGCGUCCCCGUGAUCGUGAUUUAAUACUGGACCGGACUGGACUGGACUGGACUGUUAAUAUAAAGCACUCAGUGAUUAGUAUUAUUUAGCUUAUUUAGGAGUAUGAAAUGGGUUCGAACAGCUCCGACCUCUCCAAAAUACCAAGCGCAGAGGAUUUAAUGCAAGAAACUGGUUUCACUGGUCCACACCUGGUUCGUCUGUUUGAACGUUUCCAAUCUCUGGACAAAGACAACAAGGGUCAUCUUAGUGUAAAGGACUUUGAAGCCAUAAAGGAGUUGGCCAUGAAUCCUAUAUCUGACAUCAUAAUAGGGGCCUUCUUCACUUCAGGACAGGAAACACUGGACUUCCCAUCAUUUGUGAGGAUCUUGGCACAUUUCCGGCCUGUCGACAAAAAUCGAUCCAAAGAGCCCAACUCGCCUGACCCCAUUAACAGCAGAAUCAACAAACUGAAAUUUGCCUUUCAGCUGUAUGAUCAGGACAAGGACGGCAAGAUUUCAAGACGAGAACUCUUACAGGUUCUUCAGGCCAUGCUGGAGAGCCAGGUGACACAAGAACAACUGGAAUGCAUAGUAGAUCGCACUAUUCAAGAGGCAGACCUAGACAACGAUGAUGCCAUAUCUUUCGAAGAAUUUCGGAAGUCUCUAGAAAAGGUCGACAUUGACCACAAGAUGAGCAUCCGCUUCCUGCGCUGAAGCAUAAACAGCCUUCAAAGAAGCACAGGGAAUUAUUGUGGUCUUUAGAGGUAUAGUCUGUUUUCACCACAGACAUGAAAAAUAUGUUUUUAUAAUAUUUACUGGAAUGCUGUUAUUUUUGUGGCCUACUGUCCGAGCUGGAUAGAUGAUGUAUAAGUGAAUGGUAUAUUUGGUGAAAUAUGGAUUUUUAGUCAUAUUUCAGUCUGUGAGAUAUUUGGUAUAAGCCGUUAUGUCUGAUUGUUUUUUCAUUUCGACUAGCUUUACUGUGACUAUGCAUGAUUUUAUAUUUUUGUUGAGAAUGAACUUGCUACUCAAAGCAUCUCACAGUUUCUUGGGUAAAUGUAGCUCCUUUUCACUAAACAUAUAAAGUAUAACAGACUAGACCCUGAAGGUGUUAUAACAUUGGAAAAGAAUCAUAGCAAAAUAUUAAAAUGCAUGACAGCAUAUUUGUUAAGGAUUUCAUUUUGCCCAGGCUGAAAUAUUUUAGCUAUUAGCAAGAGGUUUAGAAGACGUAGCUUUUGACAGGCUACCUCAUUUAUUGAUUAUUAAAAAAUUAAAGCUUUAAUUAUUUCAAAAGCUCAUUUUAAAAACUUCAGUUUACAGAUCUUUUUUUUUUUGUAGUCCAGAUUUUGUCGCAAUAAUUUACUAUACAGCUACUUAAUACUUAAUGUACAAAUACAAUACAAAUACUUAACUACUUAACUUCGUAUAGAUAUCAUUAUUGAUCCUAACGAGAUAUCUCACGGACAGUAUUUACCUUGUAUUUUUCUAAAGAUAAAACUCCUGUCACUGCAAAUCUCAGACAGGGCUCAAUGUUGUUGAAUAGGCGUUUUUGUAUGCAUUCUUCUUCAUUUCACGUGUUAGUGUAAUGAAUUUUUCUCUAAUGCCUACCUCACUAAUUCUACUGAUUUAAAGAGUCUUAAUGUAACCAUGUGACACAAAGCCUUCCAUAUAAGCCACAUUUAUUGAUUUCAGAAGCAUGUUUGUGUAUGCAGCUUUUUAAUUUGUAUUAAUAACUGUUUUUAAAAAAUAAUAAAAAUGCGUUUGUAUUGUA